UGGGCACUAAUGAGCUUCAUUAAGAGCAACGAGCCAGGCCACCUGCCCUCCCUCCUGCUGGGAUCAAUCAGCUGAGGGAACAGAAGGCAGCAGUGACUUGGGAAAGGCUUGGAAGGGGGAGCAGAGCUUGGCACCUACAGCCUGCCCCCCUUGGUGCACCAAGGCACAGCCCCAUGGACCCAAGUGGGGACCCUCAGCCCUGGGGACAAGCCCCCCAGAGGUGCAGACAGAGGCUCCAGGGGGCACCUGCAGCCCACCGAGGUGAUGCCUGGAUCCCAGAGAGACCACAAGGACCCAGAGCCCCUCAGAGAGGCGACCUGAGGCACCAGGACCACCCCCCCCCAAAAAAAAAGAGGCGGCCGGUUCCGAUCCCCUCCCCGCUUUCCUGGCCUGGUGCGGCCGGGCGGGCGUGGAGCUCAGCCCCAAGGUGCGGCUGGGCCGGCAGGGCGCGCUGGCGGGGUACGGGCUGCUGGCUGCCCAGGAGCUGCAGGCUGGGGAGCUGCUGGUGGCCGUGCCCCGCUCCGCCCUGCUCUCCCAGCACACCUGCUCCAUCCGCGCCCUGCUGGAACAAGGAGUCCCUGCAGAGCCAGUCUGGGUGGGUGCCUCUCCUGCUGGCGCUGCUGCACGAGUACACAGCCAGCAACUCCCCCUGGCAGCCUUAUCUGUCCCUCUGGAAGGAUUUCAGGAGCCUGGAUCACCCCAUGUUCUGGCCUAAAGAAGAGAGAACCAGGCUCCUGCAGGGCACAGGCAUCCCCGAGGCAGUGGACAAGGACCUGGCCAACAUCCACAUGGAAUACAGCUCCAUCAUCCUGCCCUUCAUGCAGGCCCACCCCGACCUCUUUGACCCCAAGGUGCACACGCUGGAGCUGUACAAGGAGCUGGUGGCCUUUGUCAUGGCCUACAGCUUUCAGGAGCCUUUGGAGGAGGAAGAUGAAGAUGAGAAAGGGCCCAACCCUCCGAUGAUGGUGCCUGUGGCAGAUAUUUUGAAUCACGUGGCCAAUCACAACGCCAACCUGGAAUACUCUCCCCAAUGCUUGAGAAUGGUGACAACGAGGCCCGUCAGCCAAGGUGAGGAGCUCUUCAACACCUACGGGCAGAUGUCCAACUGGCAGCUCCUGCACAUGUAUGGCUUUGCCCAGCCCUUCCCUGGCAACACGCACGACACGGCCGACAUCCAGAUGGUGACCCUGCGCCGCGCCGCGCUGCGCCGCGCUAGAAGUGAAGCAGAGCAGCAGCUGGUCCGGGAGCAGUGGGACUUCUUGUGCCAGCUGGAGAUGGUGGGGGAAGAAGGUGCCUUUGUGCUUGGCUGGGAUGAGGUGCUGACAGAGGAAGAGCUGUCCACAAGCCUCAAGGUGCUGUGCAUGUCAGAAGAAGAAUUCAAGGAGUACAAGGAACAGGAGGGCUGGGAGGAUGACAGUGAGGAAGAGGAAAACUCAACCCUUUCUAACGAGGCUCUCUCCAGACUGAAACCUCCUUGCAAAAAGCUCCUUCAUGACAGUGUGUUGCUGACCCUGGAGUCCUACAGGUCAGACCUGAAAGAAGACCAGGACUUGUUAAAUAACAAGGAGGCUUAUGGGAAGCUGAGCCGAAGGGAGCAACAAGCUCUGCACGUGCGUUACGGGCAGAAGAAGAUCCUGCAUCAGCUGCUGGAGCUGGUGCACUAGAAACCUCCUUGCCUCUGGAAGUGAACUGCCUGGAAUGUGCUCAGGAAGGGGAGGUCAGCCUUUGGCCAUCCCUUCUGCAGGAGGUGGCAAGAUGAAAUGUGGACCCACUUGUCCCUCAAAAGGCACGUGGCUCUGUAGCCACCUCUACAGAAUGAAAACCUUCCAGAGCACAGAUGUGGGUUUGGGUGGCCUUGUUUUACAGGGAGAGCUCUGGAGCACACCUGCCACCUCUGGAGCACACCUGCCACCUUCUGCUGGAGGACUUCAGAACACCCACAUCUCCUAAAGGCUGCCUUAGGAAGGCAGACACACUUUGUCCAACCAGCAAGGGAGUUCCCUCAUGUAGCAGCAGAAAGAGAAGACCAGAGCUGCUCCACGUCCAGAGGAAAAGGACCAAAAUCCAGCUGCUAGCUCUGGACUUAGGCUCAGAAUAAACAUCUGGCAGGUGGCAGCACCUUUAGCUACAUUGAUCUUCUUCCCCUCACCAGUUCCUGCAUGACAAGCCAGGUCUGCAGGACAAGCUCUGUCUAAUAAAGCCUGUUUCUUACACA